CCUUUAUUCAACUUACCUUUAUUCAACUUACCUUUAUUCAAUAUGAGCAAUAUGAGUAACUGGAAGAAUGUAAAUAACUGUCAUAGGACCAGCAAAAAUUGCUUGAACUGGGCUAAAGAAUAUUUGAAAGAACAAUCGGCCAACCUUAUAGCCGAAGAUAACGGAAUCUGUGUUCAAAUUAAUGAUUUGACAGAAUGCUCGGGUGAUGCCGAAUUAAAUCAAAGAAAAGGAAAAUUGAUACCUAUUAUUGAUUUAAAUCUAGAACUAACUUGGUCGGGCAAUACUUCGGAUGAUAACGAGGCUAAGGGUACAAUUAAGAUCCCUGAACUAGAUUCUGGAUCAGAAGGAGACUUUGAUUUUGAAAUCACGGUUGAGGAAGAAAAUGAUUCAAAAAGGCCAAUUAAGGAAGUUGUACGCACGCACUUGAUUCCCUUGUUGAAAGAGCAGUUUAAGAAUCUCGGAAAUGAUAUGGUUGAAACUCAUAGUAAAGAUGUUAAGAUUGAAUCUUCUCAACUUGGACCUGCAACUCCUCCAAGGGCAGUUACGCCCAUUGAACCUUCCCAAAUUCAUACGGCAUCAACCCCUCCUCGACCUGCAACACCUACUACAUCUAAUUCGGAUACCGUCAAGUCUUCAGCGCAAAAAAUUAUUAAUACAACUAAUAUUAGUGAAGUUGUUGAAUUACAAACUUCGGCAGAUCAAAUUUACGAAACGUUGCUUGAUCCUGGUCGUGUUGCAGCUUGGACAAGAUCUAGACCGGAUAUAUUUAGACAUGUUGGAAGCGUAUUUAGUUUAUUUGAUGGGAAUGUUACCGGAACUAUGGUGGAAUUAGUUCAAAACGAAAAGAUUGUACAGACAUGGCGUUUAAAAACUUGGCCAGAAGGACAUUUUUCGACGGUUACUAUUAAAUUUGAACAAGCAAGCGAUUUCACUCGUGUUCAUAUUAAUCAAGAAGGGGUUCCUAUUGGAGAAGUAGAUGCAGUUCGUAAUAACUGGCAAUCAUAUUAUUGGAAUCCUAUUAAAAAUGUUUUCGGAUAUGGAGCACUUAUAUAAUUCUAUAAGAAAAAUCGAAGAAAGGAGGAAUUCAUUGGAACCUAUGGUAAAUAAUUUGACGGUAACUUUUUUGGAUCUCGACCAUUUCUCAAUUCCCUUAUACUCGUAAAAAAAAUUUUAUAUAAUAUUACUCGGUAAUUAUUGUUAAAAUUAGAAAAAAAAAUUAGCUUAUUCGUAAUUCUGCCAAAAAUAAAUGAUAAAUUAUCCUUAACAUUAAGUUUCUGGACAAUAAAUAAUAAUUAGAAGAGAAAGAAAGUAUCAAUUCG